UCAAAAUUCAAGUCUUGAACAUUAUUUUAUUCCCAACAAAAACAAUACUCAAAAAUCACUUUAUUUUGAAUUUCAUAAUUUUCCCGCCUAUUCUCGUGACCAAAUUCCGAGAAUCUCAACUAUCUCACCUUAUUUUACGAAUCAUACCCUCACCUUCUCCUCAUCCUUUUUCUUUGACCUAAAACACCCAAAAAUAAAAUAAAAUAACCCUUUCAAAUUCUUCAAAUCACAAUCACAGUGGAAAUGGAUGAGGGAGGAGGAAGGAGGAGAAGUUCAAGAAUCCAAAACCUAGUUAAAGAAAUCAGAAAGUACGAAGAAGAAAAAGUAGCAAACAAGAGAAAAAUCGGUAAAACAAACAAUGAAUCAGUAAAGAUUUCCAAGAAAUUAGUUCAGGAAGACAAGAAAUCAGUGGUGAAUCUGGAUGAAUCUGUUGACUUGGGUGAAGUUUUUGCUGCUGAUUUUGAAAACGAAGUGAAGAUUGGGGAUGAAAAGGGUACAAAAUCGGUUGGAAAGGGUACAAAAUCGGCUAACAAGGGUAUAAAAUCGGUUGGAAUGAGUACAGAAUCUGCUGAAAAGGGUUCAGGGGAGGAGAAAAGUGAUUAUGCCAGAGUUAGAGCAACAAUUAGGGCUUUCAACUCACACUAUCUGCAAUUUGUUCAGGAAGAGGAGCUCAGAGUUAAAAACAUUGAAGAAGUUUCGAAGAAAAAAAAGGAAGAGGAGCUCAGGGUCAAAAACAUUGUAAAGGUUUCAAAGAAAAAAAGGGUGCAGAAAGGUGAUGGGAAAUGUGAAAUAGUUGAGAAAAGACCUUCCAAACGCCCAGAUUUAAAGGCAAUAACUGAGAUGCUGGACAAAAAUACUGUUCUAAACCGUCAGAAACAACCCGGUCACCUUGCAGGUAUUGAUGUGGGGCACCAGUUCUAUUCAAGGGCUGAAAUGGUUGUUGUAGGACUUCACAGCCAUUGGUUGAAUGGAAUAGAUUAUAUGGGUGUCGGAAAAUUCAAAAAAAUGGCAGAAUAUAAGAACUGGACCUUCCCCAUCGCAGUUUCAAUUGUGCUGUCAGGACAGUAUGAAGAUGAUCUAGAUAAUUCAGAUGAUGUUAUUUACACUGGGCAAGGUGGAAAUGAUUUACUUGGCAACAAAUCUCAAAUAGCUGACCAAGUAAUGAAACGUGGCAAUUUGGCUCUCAAGAACAAUAUAGACCAUAAAGUUCCAGUCAGAGUUAUUCGUGGACUGAAAUGUCCUAGUAGUUACUGCGGAAAAGUCUACACAUAUGAUGGUCUUUACAAUGUUGUUGGGUAUUGGGCUGAAAAAGGUGUUUCCGGGUACACAAUCUUUAAGUACCGUCUCAAACGCCUUGAGGGGCAGCCGAUACUGACUACCAACCAGGUUAUGUUUACUAGAGCACAAGCUCCUAAAAGCGCAGAUGAUAUACGCGGGUUGGUCGAUAAAGAUAUUAGUGAGGGCAAAGAGAAUAUUCCUAUCCCAGCAACCAAUCUGGUCGAUGAUCCACCUGUUGCUCCUACAAGUGUGACGUAUAUCACCACUGCCCAAGUUUCUGCAAGUGUGAAAUUUCCAGCCAAUGCCCUGCUUGGUUGCAAGUGCAAAGGAGCUUGUAUUGAUCCAAGGGUAUGUGCCUGUGCGAAGCUCAAUGGUUCGGAAUUUCCGUAUGUGUCUAAAGAUGGUGGCAGGUUAAUCGAAGCCAAGGAUAUUGUAUAUGAAUGUGGACCAUCUUGUGGAUGUGGACCUGGUUGUGUGAACAAAACGUCUCAGCGUGGACUGAAAUACCGCCUUGAGGUCUAUCGUACUCCCAAGAAAGGAUGGGGAGUAAGGUCUUGGGACUUCAUCCCAUCUGGUGCUUUUGUGUGUGAAUACAUUGGAGUGAUCAAAAGAACUGAUGAGGUGCACGAUCCGGAGAACUUUUAUAUUUUCGAUAUUGAUUGCCUGCAGACAAUGAAAGGGCUGGAUGGAAGAAAGAGAAGACAAGGAGAUGUGUCAAUUAGCCCAAGUGCUUUUAUAGAUAAAGCUGAUGACGAAGUGUCUUAUUGCAUAGAUGCUGGAUCUAUUGGAAAUAUAAUGAGGUACAUCAACCACAGUUGCGCACCCAAUUUGUUUGUGCAAUGCGUGUUAAGUGAGCACCAUGAUGUCAAGCUUGCCAGGAUUGUACUAUUUGCUGCUGAUAACAUACCCCCACUCCAGGAACUGUCAUAUGAUUAUGGGUACGCAAAGGAUAGUGUUGUAGAUAAAGAUGGGAAGAUUAAGCACAUGGAGUGCUAUUGUGGUGCACCAGACUGCAAGAAAUUGAUGUUCUAGGUAAUUGGUUUGGAUGUGAGCAUUCUUUUUUGCAAGCAUGGAUGACAACUUCACAUUUUUUGGCGAUCCACAAAGGAUAUAUAUAUACAUGAUAUAUUUGUAAUUAUUGAUUCAUAGCUUAAUGUAGUUUGAACUAGCAAACUUGCAAACUGCAAACUGUUAAGUUCUCGUGCCUGGUGAAUUGCAGACAGCAGAAUGCUAGUUUCCUGUCAGCAUGUGAAUGUCGGUUCUAUUUUAUGAUCUUAAAAGGGUUAUUCAGUAGUGUUCUGAAGGGUUCUGGUUAUGAGUUCAGGUCAUUUUGUAAAAACUCGUAUUGAUUAUUACAAUUUCGAAUUUUGCGCAAAAGUUUGCCAUAAGUUGAGACCA